CUAACCGCGUUUUUUCACGUUUGGUUAUUCAACGGCUUUGAUUAUUUGAAAUCUCAUACGUUUGAAACUGAUUUUCUUCUGUCUCCCACAGUCUUUUCCUCUGCUUUUCAACUUUAAUCAAGAAAACUCGAAGCUCCCAUCUUCACCUUUGACUUCUGCAACAACAAAAAUCUUCAAAAUCUUUAUCUCCCUUAAACCCUCUCUCUUCUUUUCCUUUUUAGUUUCAGUGUAGAACUCUUCUUCUCACAGACACCUCCAGAAUUUUCAUUUCAGCUUCAGCUUCAGCUUCCUCUAAUGCACAAAAAGGUAGCCUGGUAAUUUCAACAGCAAAAUGAGGAAAAAAAUCCUUUUGGUCCAUCAUCAAUGCAUAUUCUUCUGUUUAGUCGGUUUUUUAUUAACAUAUGAGAAAGCGAUGGGGGAUCCUAGAGCCCAGCAAGUGAAAGUUACAUGUGGACGCCAACUUGAGCACAAUGCUUCUAUCUUUGUACCCAAUUUUGUUGCUACAAUGGAGAAUAUCAGUGAGCAAAUGCGCACUUCAGGGUUUGGAGUAGCAGUUACAGGUUCAGGACCUGAUAUUAACUAUGGGCUUGCUCAAUGUUAUGGAGACCUUUCUUUACUUGAUUGUGUAUUAUGCUAUGCUGAGGCACGUACAGUUCUACCCCAAUGCUAUCCUCAUAAUGGAGGUCGGGUUUUUCUCGAUGGCUGUUUUAUGAGAUCUGAAAACUAUAGUUUCUUUGAGGAGUAUAGAGGACCUUUAGAUGAAGUUAUCUGCGGAAAUCAAACAAGGAAGAAUUCUACAUUUGAGGAAUCAGCUAAAGUGGCUUUAUCGACUGCAGUUUCAAGUGCAAUGAAUAGUCGAGGCUAUGCAAGGGCUCAAGUAGCAGUGCAAGGGACAAAUGAAUCGGCUUAUGUGUUAGCUGAUUGCUGGAGGACAUUGAAUGCGAGCGCUUGCAGAGCGUGCUUGGAGAAUGCUAGUGCAUCCAUAUUGAAAUGUUUGCCUGGGUCAGAAGGGAGGGCAUUGUAUACUGGAUGUUUUAUAAGGUACUCGGACAGAGACUUUCUCAACGAGCUAAGAAAUGACAGUUCACGAGGGAGCAUUAUUGUGAUAGUCGUUUCAAUUGUUAGUUCUUUGGUGGUUCUAGGAGUUGGGAUAAUUAUAGGAGUUUAUAUUUGGAAGCAUAGAUAUGUACAGAUGAAGAGAAGAGGUUCAAAUGAUGCACGAAAGUUGGUUAAAACCCUUAAUGACAGUAGCCUGAACUUCAAGUACUCUACACUUGAGAAGGCUACAGGAUCUUUUGACGAUGCCAACAAACUUGGACAAGGAGGAUUUGGAUCAGUUUAUAAGGGAGUGUUGCCAGAUGGAAGAGAGAUUGCUGUAAAGAGACUUUUCUUUAACAACAGACACAGAGCAGCAGAUUUUUACAAUGAGGUUAACAUCAUAAGUACUGUGGAGCACAAAAAUCUGGUCAGGUUGUUGGGAUGCAGUUGUUCUGGUCCUGAAAGCCUUCUUGUCUAUGAAUUCCUGCCAAACAAGAGUCUUGAUCGUUUUAUAUUCGAUCAGAACAAAGGCAAAGUGCUAACUUGGGAAAAGAGAUACGAUAUUAUUAUUGGAACAGCGGAAGGUUUAGUCUACCUUCACGAAAACUCGAAGAUCAGGAUCAUUCACAGAGACAUAAAGGCCAGCAACAUAUUAUUGGAUUCAAGAUUCCGUGCUAAAAUUGCAGAUUUUGGCUUGGCCAGGUCUUUCCAAGAAGAUAAGAGUCACAUCAGCACAGCCAUUGCAGGAACACUUGGAUACAUGGCCCCAGAAUACUUGGCUCAUGGCCAGUUAACAGAAAAGGCAGAUGUCUACAGCUUCGGUGUGCUUUUGUUGGAGAUCGUCACAGGAAGGCAGAACAACCGGAGCAAAACCUCAGAAUAUACUGAUAGCCUAGUUACACUUACGUGGAAGAAAUUUCAGACAGGGACUGUGGAGGAGUUUUAUGACCCAAACCUAAUGUUACAUAACCACCAUAACAGUAAUAUAAAGAAUGAUGUUUAUAGAGUAGUGCAAAUAGGACUACUCUGUACACAAGAGAUGCCAUCACUUCGACCAACAAUGGCAAAGACGCUGCAGAUGCUAACAACAGAGGAUAAUCUCCCAGCACCUUCUAAUCCCCCUUUCAUAGACGAGAGGACUAUGGAACUGAACGACACAUGUGAGGAUCCAUGGUACCCACUUAAUUCUGGCCUUUCUGCAUCAAUUGCAACUGUCACCAAUAGUUCCUUCUAUCCAAGAUGACCUAGAGGAGGGGUUUAACAGGGGAUUAUCAAAUUUAUAAUUCUGAGACAAGUAAAAGAAGUUGAACAUCUUCAGUGACUGUAACACCUCACUGAAGCACAUGCCACAGGCAUUUUCAAGAAGCUGUCAGGGCAUUUAAGCAGUCAGCAAUAAGAUGCAGAUUGGCAGGCAUCGGAUGACUUGUAGAUAUGAAAUUGAGGAUAGUAAUGUCAAUGUUUAAAUGUUUUUUGUGAAAUGAGAGAAACGUAUAUCAUGCUGUAAAUAUGUAUUUCUACUAACUUACAAAUUUUGUUUUAAAUGAAUAAAUCUCAGCUUGUCCAA